AUGGUUUACCCGGCUGGACAGAAUCCAAGUUAAAUAAGGAUUCCCGCUCACAUCAGGCACAUUCCUUUUCAGCAAAAUUAAAAUAAGUCUUGUGACCCUCUUUUGUUUAACUCAUAUUAUCAAUAAUCCGUAGAAAACAAGCAUCCACUCGGGUUCGUUUUAUUGGGAGAAGUCCAUACCCUCCCGAGAUAUCAUCUUUCAGCAAAGAACAAUGAAGGUUUUAGACAAGAACUUGGCUCUGAACCAGCCGGGAACGGUCAAGAUCAUCCCGGAAGAACCCGACGACUUAUGGGUGGUUUACAACCUAAUUGCCAACGGAGACGUCGUCACCGCUGAUACGACUCGCAAAGUUCACCUGGAGUCCACCAAGAACACCGCCUCACGCGUCAAGCUUACCAUCCCCGUCAAAGUCAAGUGCCGCGACUUCCACAGAGAUUCUUCCACCGUGCGCGUUCAAGGCAGGAACGUCGAGGCUAGCCAGUACGUCGCCGCCGGCUCAUUCCACACGUUGACCCUCGAAAAGAACAGAGGCUUCGAACUCUCCAAAAAGAUUUGGGAUGCGACCGCUGUGGCAGCACUAUCCGAGAGCUCCGAGAAAUCAUCAGGCGCUGACCUCGCCGUGAUUCUUAUACAGGAGGGUCAGGCAGAGGUUUAUUUAGUUGGGAAUGGGCUAACCACACUAUGCUCUAAAAUCGAAGCCUCGAAAACCAGAAAGAAAUCAGCCAGCAGUGCGUUUUUCCAGGACACCUUUAAUGCCUUUGUGAAGUAUGUGGAUUUCAACACCAUUAAAAGCGUAAUGAUAGCGAGUGCUGGAUCGACGAAGGACGAGUUCCGGAGGUUUCUGCUCUCAGAAGCCAAGAGAUUGAAGAUAAAGACAAUCGAGGACAAUAAGUCGAGAAUUGUAGCGGCCGGAUGUAAGGGAGAUCUGAAGGAGGUUCUGCACGACAAUGGGGUGAUGAAUAUGAUAAAAGAUAGCAAGGUUGCGUUGGAGAUUCGAGCUUUCCGAGAGUUGUGGGACUUGCUGGACAGCAAUUCGGGCCGGGCGUGUUAUGGUACGAAGAAUGUGGAGGCUGCGCAGGAGAUGAUGGCAAUUGAGACGCUACUGAUCACGGACGAUCUGCAUAGAAGCUCAGAUGUUCAGACGAGGCAGAAGUAUACGAACUUGGCUAAAUCGGUGAGAGAAGGGGGAGGCAAGGUUCUAGUUUAUUCCUCCCUGCAUGCCUCAGCACAACAGCUUGCCAUGCUCACCGGAGUAGCCGCUCUUCUCAGGUUUCCGUUACCUGACCUUGAUGACGUAGAUGUUUAAGUUCUGACAAGGCUUUCUACAUCAUUUCAUCGUGUUACUUAUUAAUCAGGGAGAGGAAUGGCUAUUCCUUUCAUUUGUGCAUAUAAUGAUCCUCGCUUGUUUAUGCGUUGAAUCUUAAAUCAUUAAUGAAUUGCUUUGCUUCCAUUUAAAAAAAUAAUAAUAAUGUAC